AUGAAGGUUUUGCGUCACGAGGAAUUUGUCGAAGGCUGCAAAGCAACAUGCAACGGCCCCUAUGAUGGCAAAUGGAGCAAGACUAUGGUUGGUUUUGGUCCAGAGGAUGACCAUUUUGUUGCUGAGCUGACCUACAAUUAUGGGAUGGCUGAGUAUCAACUUGGAAAUGAUUUUUUGGGGCUCACCCUUCAGUCAAAUCAGGCUGUUAGUAAUGCCAAACGCUUGGGCUGGCCCCUCACUCAGGUGGGGGACAGCCUCUACCAGACGCAGGCUCCAGGAGGGUAUUGCUUCUACCUGGUGGACAAAGAACAGCCUUCCACAGAUCCAGUGCAGAAGGUUUGCCUUGGAGUAUCAGACCUCGCCAAGUCCAUUCAUUACUGGUCAAAAUUGUUGGGAAUGACUGUGAUGGAAAAGAACGACGACAAGAAAACAGCCCUACUGGGAUUCGGAGACACACAGCUUCCUGACCUGGAAGCCUUGAUGAAAAAGGAGAAACUGAAUAUUCUCACCCCAUUAGUGAGCUUGGACACCCCAGGAAAAGCCACUGUGGAGGUGGUGAUUCUAGCCGACCCAGAUGGCCAUGAAAUUUGCUUUGUGGGCGAUGAAGCAUUUAGACAACUUUCCAUGGUUGACCCCAAAGGAAAUGAGCUCCUGGAUAAGGGAAUGGCUGAUGACAAAAGCAACGAGUGGUUUGCCAAGCACAACAGACAGAAAGCUGCUGCAUGA